AUGACGCUUACGAGAGAGGAGGCGCAGGAGAGCAAGGAGAUGGAGACCCUGCGGGUGCACGCCGACGCGCUGCUCUCCCUCUCCUCGCCCGCCGCCUCGUCCUCGCCGGACACCAGCAAGACGCCGCCGUCAUCGACCUCGACGCCGGCGGCCAGGAGGGCGCUGGCGGCGGAGGGCGUGUUCGAGUGCAAGACGUGCAGCAAGCGCUUCUCCUCCUUCCAGGCGCUGGGGGGGCACCGCACCAGCCACACGCGGCUGCAGGCGCGGAUGCUGCUACAACAAGAGCCCUCCGCAGAACACGGCGCCGCCGACAGGGACAGGAACCGGGUGCACGAGUGCGCCGUCUGCGGCCUCGAGUUCUCCAUGGGCCAGGCGCUGGGCGGCCACAUGCGCCGCCACAGGGGCGACACCGCAUCAGCCGCCGCAGCGCCCGGCUCCGACAAUCGGCUGCCCGACCUCAACUACCCGCCCGUGGAGGACUGCGGCGGCGGCGACGGGCAGGAACCCUCCUCGGCCCAUCGCGGCCCCGACCAUCCGCUGCUCGACCUGCUUGUAUAG